AUGCUCUUGGUGGGCCUGGAGCUGAAACGGUCCAGGCCGGCCGUAAAGGUCAUGAAGAUGCCCCCAGCCGCGAGCCGCAACAGGCCAACAGAGAAGGUUCCUCAACGGUCUCCAGUUGACAACCGCGCUGGGCCCCAAUUCUUCGAGCAGCAGACCAGUCUUCGGGAGCUUCCAAUGGCACAGCGCAUGCCCUUGGAACUCUACGAUAUGUGGUCUGGGUAUCAAACGCCGGCGAUGGCUGCCAUGUUGGAUCUGCCAGCCGAAGCGAGAAGGGCCUGGGGCACUAUGCCUUGCGGGGAUGUAGAAGACCUGGAUGCCACACCUGUGUUGGGCCUCUCCAACUUCCACAAAGGUUCCAACGUGGUGCAGGAUGCUGGGGCAGAUAUCGCAGAUAUGCGAGAGCAAGGUGAUGGCGAAGGUGAUAGCGAGAUGUUGAAUAAUUUGGAGUCGGCUCCAGGCUUGUCCCGGGCCAGUUGUCGUCGAUGCCGCUUAGAAGGGCCUGAAGAUGAUCAUGACACCAUCUCGCCCUCGGUGUUGCCGAAUCUUCCAGAUGGAUUUCUGGAGGUGGAACGUCCCUGGAGAUAUCCGUACGACUACAAGGGCUUGUUGGAUCAGCCCGCAGCCCCUAAGUUCAAGGGUGCUUUGUGCCAAAUCUUUGUUCGCAGCCAGCCUUAUGGAGGCUCCGACAAGAGCAACAACGGCCACAGGUAUGACACGAUCCCCAUGGCCAACGGCAUGAUUAAUGCCGGCAUGAGCUGUCAGCUCAUCCAUUAUGUCCAUGAGGAGCAUGACAAGUUCUUCGAGGUUUGUAAAAACUUUGACUUCAUAAUCGUUCGAUGCAACCCCGGCCAGAUCAAGGCUGAUGGCGGUGACCAGAACAAGUUCGAUGAUGGCAUGCGGGGUAUCCGCAAGCUGGGUAUCCAGGUCUGGCCAUCUCCCGAUGUCAUGGAGAAGAUGGGAGCAAAGGAUGCUCUUUGCAAGGUGGCAACGAUGAACAUUGGCCUGGAAGACACUCUUGCCUACUAUUCCCCUGAGGAGUUUGCGACAGGGUUCAAGAAGACCAUGGCAUUCCAGCCUCGAGUGAUCAAGCAGAACCGUGGCUCAUCAGGUGAAGGAAUCUGGAUUAUCAAGCUCAAGGAGGGCAACUACUGCGCUUCUUAUGGCGAGAGAUCCUGCGAGGAUGGUGAGAAGCUUUUGCUGAUGGAGGCCAAUGACAACCACGAGGAAGAACACACCGUGGCUGAGUUUAUCGAAUUCUGCGUGAAUGGCCGAACUUCCAAGUCCGGUGAAUGGACAUCCAAGGGUGUUGGCAAGUACUUGGAGGGUGGCAAGGAGGCCGGCGGCCAGCUUGUGGAUCAGCGUUUCUGCCCUCGUAUUGUGGAAGGUGAGCUCCGAUACAACCUGGUGGGAGAUGCUUUGGUUGGCAUCAUUCACAAGAAGCCCAAGGAGGGAGGAAUCUCCGCAGUUGGUGGAACUGGUUCCGUCUACACCUAUUAUGGCCCAGAGGAACCACUCUUUGCCGCUCUCACCAACAACUUCUUGAAGAAGGACUUGCAGCACGUCAUGCCAUCUCUUGAGUUGGCAGAUGAGCCUUUGCCGCUGUGGUGGACCACUGACUUCAUCAAUUCUUCUCCACCUGGAACUAAACCUGAGGAUGAGAAGUGGAUCGUUGGUGAGUUCAACUGCUCCUGCGUUGGGAUCAGCCGCUGCUUGGCUGCCUACUGCAAGGACGACACCCCCACUGCCGGCUGGGAUGACAUCACUGAGGAAGACAAGGCAGAAGCCAAGAGAUAUGGAGAUCUUAUGGGGGAGAAGGACUACAAGGGCUUGUUGGAUCAGCCCGCAGCCCCUAAGUUCAAGGGUGCUUUGUGCCAAAUCUUUGUUCGCAGCCAGCCUUAUGGAGGCUCCGACAAGAGCAACAACGGCCACAGGUAUGACACGAUCCCCAUGGCCAACGCAGUCGACCUAGGAUAUGAUCAUGUGUUGUCCAAUGCUCAUGACUUUGCCGCAGCAUUGGACGAACCAGCAAAACCUCUUUUGUGCCAAGCAAAUGACACAGCAACCUUUGAAGAGAUGGCCAGUCUCCUCAAAGGUAUGUGCAAUGGCACCUUGCAGUUGAGACAAUGCCAAGUUGCAGCAAAGAAGAACCCCGGCAGAGCCAUGAGAGAGUGGAUUGCAAGAUUCUCGACGCCAUGGCUCCACGCAGUCAAAGAUAUCUGGGGAUGGGAGCUUUGUGAAGAUUCCAUCCGUGGCAAAAUUCGCAUUCAGAAAAAUACAGCGCUCCAAAUGUUGCCUCGCAGCGGCUCCACAGCAGGUGGUGCCACAUGGUUCAUUGACCCGACCCAUUGGCCAAGCAUGGGUCACACGGAGAAACCAGUCACAGUUUGGGUUCCACUGGAGCCCCAAGAACUUCCAACUCAGUACCUGGAGAAGGCUCGCAUUCAGACCACAGACAUGGGUUUAGCACUAGGCAACAAGCAAGUUGGCCUUCGUGUUAAAAGCACUGACGCCAGAGUCCAGCCAGAACGGGGAUCAUGGCGCCUUGCACAGGUCCCCAGACCUUAUGGAUAUGACGAAAUUGAAAAAAUUUUGACAUCCACAGGUUUCACAGAAGUCGAGAUUCUGGGACGCAGUCCUCGAAAACAAAACACAGCAGUUUGGUUCUUCAAAGCGCGUAGAUCAGACCACAGAGUGCAGAUCCCAGUCCAGCUUGGAGAAGCUGACAGCGCAGUCCUCCUUUCAGCCUCACGGGAGUACAAGCAGAAACAGCCUUCCAAAGAGCCAAUGAAGUUGAAGCGUGAACGUGGCACUUCCUUUGUCGUCCGCAGUUCUCAUUUAAAAUCAGACCUUGUUUCCACAGAUACAGCAACAGAGCCAGACGCAGUUGAACCACAGAAGAUGGAAACUCAAACAGAAGACGAAGAUGCCAAAAUGGAAGGGCAGCCAAAAAGAGCCGCCCCACAGGCGGCUUCUGAAAAGAGCGCCAAGCAAAGAAAGGCAAUCCCUAUGCCUUCCGGAUCUCAAGUGAUCCCCAACAAGGGGGGCGGAAACUGCCUUUUUCAUAGCCUUGCAUCCGCUUGUUCUUGGAUAGACUCCAAGGAUCGCAGCCACAGACAGAUACGAGCAGCUUUAGUCGCAGCCAUGCGAAAGCAUUCGACAAUUUUUGAACACGUGUGGGAUCAACGCAUGCCAGACGACAGUAGAACAGUGAAACCUUUCAGUGAAUACCUUGAUGCAUUGGAAAAAGAAGGAUCCUGGGGAGGAUUCCUCGAGGUCUAUGCAUUCGCUAAGGUGCAAAAGUUUAAUGUCUUGGUCAUCGAUGCUGAUAUCAAUAAAGCAUUCAGAUUUGAAGGCGGAGACGACGCAUCCCCAUACGUAGUGCUCAAGUUUGCAGCCAAGCAUUACGAAUGGGUCAAGUGCAACAGUGCAGCCAUUGCUUCUCUAUGGAUCGAAGCGGACGAACCAGAAGCCAAGGGUCAUCGCGGAGCGGCCAAGCGGGUGCCACACACCCCUGUGAAACAGCCAUGCAAACAGGUUUUGAAUACUCCUUUGUCAUCGUUGCAUUUGUCCAAUUUUCAGUCAAGUGCCAAGCACACAAGCAGCCGCGGCAACAAGUCCGUCAAGAGCAAGGGGUCUUCCUUGCACUUGUCAAUUUUUAAAGACAGAACCAUAACCCCGGGUAGCCAAUCCCGAAAUGCCAAAAAGAAGAAAUCACUGCAGCUCACCCAGUUCGCCGAAAGCUCUGCAGCAGCCGAGCCCAGCCCAUCCCGGAAGCUCACCAAGGCCGUAGGCGUCGAGGAAAAGCAUUGGGUUUGUGACAAAUGCUCUUUGAUUCUUCGCAGCACAUGCGUCGCCAGCCUGUAUGCCAAAGCCGGGCGUUUUGAAGAAAUCAGAAACAGUUCGUCCCAUGAUCUCACAUCCGUAGGAUCGACGUCCUGCAUGAUUGCCAUGACUCCACCGAGUGCUCAUCCCAAGACAGAAAAGGUGCACAAGUUUAGCUACACUUGCCAAAAGUGCACCGGGCAAUGGCGCGCUUGGUCUCAAGCCAAGAAACAAGCCACCGCUAUCCAUUGCCAAGAGACAUUGCAGCGCAGUUCGUUUCUGAAUGGACAGGUGACGAAGGCCAGUUGCUCACAAUCCUACUCGAGUGACUGGAACUGGACUCCUGAAGAUAACGAAGCCAUCGGGCUAGGUAAGCUUCUCCACACCCAAGCCAGAAAACUUCAGGGUUCAGCUGCAGGAUUAGAUGGCUUUCACGGGGACGACCUUUGCUUGUUACCAGCCGUGAAGCCUUCCACGGCAUUCUUGCACUUGAAAACAGAUGGCGCUCACAAAAAGGACUUGCAAGUGCCUCAACAAUCUUUGGUAAGACAUUGCCGUGUGCUCGGCGUGGACUUCACGGCCCGUGCCAACCAGGCAACCGACCAGCCCCCCGAGGCCAUUGGCAAGGUGAAGUCCGUGAAUGGUUGGUCAGCACCCGAUGAUUCGAUGCAACGAGCUUUGUCUGUGAGUGAUCACCUGGCCACAGCUGAUGGCGGUGACCAGAACAAGUUCGAUGAUGGCAUGCGGGGUAUCCGCAAGCUGGGUAUCCAGGUCUGGCCAUCUCCCGAUGUCAUGGAGAAGAUGGGAGCAAAGGAUGCUCUUUGCAAGGUGGCAACCAUGAACAUUGGCCUGGAAGACACUCUUGCCUACUAUUCCCCUGAGGAGUUUGCGGCAGGGUUCAAGAAGACCAUGGCAUUCCAGCCUCGAGUCAUCAAGCAGAACCGUGGCUCAUCAGGUGAAGGAAUCUGGAUUAUCAAGCUCAAGGAGGGCAACUACUGCGCUUCUUAUGGCGAGAGAUCCUGCGAGGAUGGUGAGAAGCUUUUGCUGAUGGAGGCCAAUGACAACCACGAGGAAGAACACACCGUGGCUGAGUUUAUCGAAUUCUGCGUGAACGGUCGAACUUCCAAGUCCGGUGAAUGGACAUCCAAGGGUGUUGGCAAGUACUUGGAGGGUGGCAAGGAGGCCGGCGGCCAGCUUGUGGAUCAGCGUUUCUGCCCUCGUAUUGUGGAAGGUGAGCUCCGAUACAACCUGGUGGGAGAUGCUUUGGUUGGCAUCAUUCACAAGAAGCCCAAGGAGGGAGGAAUCUCCGCAGUUGGUGGAACUGGUUCCGUCUACACCUAUUAUGGUCCAGAGGAACCACUCUUUGCCGCUCUCACCAACAACUUCUUGAAGAAGGACUUGCAGCACGUCAUGCCAUCUCUUGAGUUGGCAGAUGAGCCUUUGCCGCUGUGGUGGACCACUGACUUCAUCAAUUCUUCUCCACCUGGAACUAAACCUGAGGAUGAGAAGUGGAUCGUUGGUGAGUUCAACUGCUCCUGCGUUGGGAUCAGCCGCUGCUUGGCUGCCUACUGCAAGGACGACACCCCCACUGCCGGCUGGGAUGACAUCACUGAGGAAGACAAGGCAGAAGCCAAGAGAUAUGGAGAUCUUAUGGGGGAGAAGGCCCUGGGCAUUCUGUCCAAGAAGUGAGGACAACAUAGACUCUUGUAGCAGCUCUUUCAACAACAAGGCUGCCUCAUUGAUUCAUUGUGAUUCAUUGAUUGCUUUUGGCGCAGAAUUGCGCCCGCUCCCUUUGCAUGUUUCCAGAGGAAACAUUUGACAUAGCGGCAUUGGUCGCUGCUGGAAACGUGCCAGCUGAUUGUACCUCUAUCUAUACGCAUUCAAUCGACUGACAGAG